AUGCCUAUUUCACUUUUCUUUUUUAAUCACACUUUGUUUUCUUCUUUUUUUCUUUUUUCUCUUUCUUUAUUUUACUACUUUACUACUUUUCUUCAUUCAUUUUCUUCUUUCUCUUCUUGUCUCUCUUUUUCUUUAUUUUCGUCUUUUUCUUCUUGCUUGCUUUAUUUUCUUCUUUUUCUUCUCUCUUUCUUUAUUUUCUUACUUUCUUUAUUUUUUCUUUUUCUUCUCUCCUGUUUUCUUUUUUCUUUUUCUUUUCUCAUUCUUUAUAUUUUCUUUUUCUUCUCUUUCUUUAUUUUUCUUUUCUUCUCUCUUUCUACAUUUUCUUCUCUUUCUUCUGUCUUUCUUUAUUUUCUUCUUUUUCUUCAUUUUCCUUUAGUUUACUAUUUUUGUUGUCACUUUCUUUAUUUUAUUAUUUUUCUUCUUUCACUAUUUCAUUCAUUUUCUUUUCUCUUUAUUGUUUUUCUUCUCUCUUUAUUUUCUAAUUUUUCUUCUCUGGUGUUUUAUUAUUUCUUUUCUCAUUCUUUAUAUUUUCUUUUUCUUCUCUUUCUUUAUUUUUCAUUUUCUUCUCUCUUUCUUCUUUUUCUUCUCUCUUUAUUUUUUCUUUUUCUUCUGUCAUUUAUUUUUUUCUCACUUUCUUUCUUUUAUUAUUUUUCUUCUUUCUCUAUUUUAUUAAUUUUCUUUUCUCUUUCUUUAUUGUUUUUCUUCUUUCUUUCUCAGUGUAUUUUUACUUUUCUCUUUCUUUAUUUUAGUCUCUUUCUUAUCUCUUUCUCUAUUUUUAUUAUACCCAUACUUUUCCUCUCUUUUUCUACUCCAUUUAUUGUUCAUUUAGUCUUUCUUUCUUCAGCUUCUUCUUUUUAG